UCGCCGUCGUCGCAGCUGGAGUAAUCACUGAUGAGUCACCGUCGUUGAAGCUGGAGCAAUCACUGAUGAGUUGCCGUCGUUGGUGUCGUAGUUUGAGUAUGGAUUUUGUCGCAUUUGACUUGAACAUUCUAGCUCAGGAAUUUCAGGAGAGUAUAAGCUUUGUCACUUUGGAUUUUGAACGCGUUUACUAA